UUUGGAGAACAUCAGAUUGGAAAAUCCAAGCCGAAAUCAGUGAACCUUAUGCAAGUUCACCCACAACGACAUUUUACCGUCGGUUAAGUUGGUCACCGGAUGGAUCACAUGUUGCUACUGCGAAUGGUGCACAGGGGCCCGUUCCCGUCGCUGCAAUAUUUAAUAGAGGUGAAUGGAGACCUGAUGUAUCAUUGGUUGGUCAUGACUCUGCUAUUGAGGUGGUGUCGUUCAAUCCAGUUAUCUUCAUGAUACCCGAGAGUGAUGAUGCAGACCCGGAAUCUCCCGAAGCUGCAAGUGUUGGCAGCGUAUGUGCAGUUGGAAGCCAAGAUCACAGUAUUUCUGUGUGGGUGACUCGGAAUGCAAGGCCUUUAUUUGUUUGUCAAAAACCGUUUGAUCAUAGCGUUUUGGAUCUAGCAUGGUCUCCUGAUGGUACACAUCUUUACGCUUGUUCGUAUGAUGGCACGGUGGUGGUCUUACAAUUUCUCAAUAAUGAAUUUGGAACACGGUUGUCAAUGGAAGAACAUGACAAAAUUCUGGCCAAAUAUGGAUUUGUGCCGAAAGAUCCAAUUAUAUUAGAAAAUACAACUCAACUAUCUAUGGAGGGCGCUCUAGCUAUUGCAAAUAAAAAUUCGUCAUCAGGUAGAAUAGCUGCUCUUAUGAGUGAUAACCAAGAAUUACCAUCUCCACAACCUAUGGUAAUUACUGAUACGGUCGAUAAAAAGGGAAAUUAUGGAUCGCCGUCAUCAGCUCCAUCACAAACCAUUACUCUCACAAAAGAUGGUAAAAAAAGAAUACAACCCCAAUUUAUAAGAGGGCUUACAUCGUCUCCUGGAGCUCCAUUACGGCCACCCAUGCUAACUGGCAAUAUUAGUUCUCCAACAAUGAAUGGUGAUCUUUCUUCUAGUGCUGCAGUAUUUUCUCAGUUUCAGCAGCGACCUUUGAUUUUGGAUCAAUCGAGUGGUUUAGAUGCACCUUCUCGUUCAUUACCUGCUGGUGGAAUACCUACAUUACUUAUUGGAAAUAAGAGGAAAGAAUCAUUUGCGUCAGAGAUAGCUUCUCAGUCAAACAAGAGGCAGUCUUUUGGUAAAUCAAGAACUGAUUCAGUAAUAGAAACCGAGGGUCAUGUCUUAAGAUCAGGAUUAGUCCCACCAUCAGUGACAAUGUCACAGGUGAGGCUAGCUUCUCACAAAGUUAAAGAUUAUCUCGCCAAAGAACGUCUCGAUGGUACAACGUUAAAGUUGGAGUGUUUCAACAAUAGUGCAAAAGGUCCAUCACAAAUAGUGUGUACCCGUGGUAAGGUGAUGGUUUGGGUAGAUUAUGUACCGAGUUCAAUUAUACUUUUAACGGGACAUUCUCAAUAUUCCGCUGUCGCCUGUGAAGAUGGUAGUUUAUUCAUAUAUUCUAGCGCUGGAAGAAGAUUAUUACCGGUUAUAAUGCUUGAAUCAGCCGCGUCAUUUUUAGAAAUUUGUCGUGAAUAUUUACUUUGCAUAACACAAACUGGUUUAAUAAGCAUUUGGGACUUAAGGAAUCUAAAAGCGAUCGUUGGUUCCGUGUCUACUGCACCUAUUCUCCAGGCCGCAACCUUAUCAGCUGAAGAUUUUCAUUCCGCUGCUUCAAUUAUUUCCGCAUGCGUUAGGCCUAAUGGUGUACCUCUAUUAGUAACAAGUUUGAACGAAGCAUGGAGUUAUCAUCUUGAUAUGAAUACUUGGGUUAGAGUCUAUGAUCCUCGUUAUUCAACUCAAGAUCCUUCUAAUUCAGAAACUUCCGAAGUGAUUGAUGGUUCGAUUUUAGCUUCGUUGGAAAGUAUGGCAAGGCAACGUGGUGGAAAUAUUGGAUCAUUGGCCUAUUUAAGAUAUCCCGGAGGCAAGGAUACUCAAGGGAAGGCUCAUGUAAUUGGACAUUUGGAGAAUCAGCUUGUUUCUGCGGAGAUGGUUAACUCUCCUACAGAGUACAAACGUUUAUUGUUUGCUUAUGCGCAACAAUUGGCCGAUGAAGGGGCCGAAUUUAGGUUACAUGAAAUUUGUAUGAUGUUACUCGGUCCAGUUAAUGGACAAGAUAGUUAUACCAACAAUCAAAUUCUAUCGAAUUGGGAUCCGUUCAUUAUGGGUAUGUCAAAACGACAACUCUUGAAAGAGAUUUUACCAAUUUUAUCUUCAAAUCGUACGUUGCAGAGACAUGUUACUGAAUAUGGGGAUGCUUUGAAAAAAAUAUUGAAAAUAGAUUGA